AUGGCCACAAUCAUCAUCCUGAGAUGGGAGGGCAAGCAGUGGUUCUCUGACCUCAUGGACCUCUGCAUCAAAGCCCCUGUCUCCAUCCCAAACCGCCAGUCCUCAUUCAAGUGGUUUGGCAGCAUCCCCCUGGAGCUGUUGUGCAAUCCCAUGUGGCAUUGGAUUGCCUGCAGGAUCUCUGACCUGGCGCUUGCCCCUGCAACCUGGCAGAGAUACCACUCCUCCCUGAUCCACUUCCACAACUUCUGUGAGCAGGAGGAGGUUGACUUUCCACCAGAACAGGAGGACACCAUGGUGACCAUCACCAACUUCAUUGAAUCCAUGACUCAUGCCCUCCAGCAUCCCUCCACAACUAUCAACAUGCUGCUAGCAGUGAUCAGCACCUUCAAGACAUUUGACCUCUCAAACCUCACAACCCUCUUCCACCAAUGGGGCACCAACACUCCACCCGCCAGGACCAGGGCCAAGCUCAUCGCCCUCCUGUGCAUCUUGGGCGUGCUGAGGGUAUUGGUGGCCACUCCAAGAACUUGUGGUCAUUUGAAAUGA